ACAGCUCUGAAUUCUUAAUGAAAGUUGUCUUGAUAGUAGGUGAAAACGAUUCCAAGGAUAUUUCGUUCGAAACAGAUUCCAGUCUAACCGGUCACAUCAGUAUCGCUAACUUAGCAGACGAUUUUCAACUUCACAGGGGCUCGAUUUUGUAAGCAUGUCGACCAUUUCGGUAGAGGAUCAUUGGAACAGACUUAAACAUGCACAAUCGACUUCGUUCCUGAAAAGAAACAUGACUGAGCUGAUAUUUAGAGAGUUGAAGGACAAACUCACCUACUUCAAUGGGACGUUGUUGGACUGCAUCCAAGGAGGAUGUAUUAACUUGGACAGCGGUUGUGGCAUUUACGCUUCUGACCCGGAAGCGUAUGAUGUGUUCUCGGGGAUUUUUCAUCCAAUCAUCAAAGAUUACCAUAAAGUGGACACUGUCAGCCAUCCUAACCCGGAUUUCGGAGAUAUCAACAAUCUGGGUUUUGGUGAUCUCGAUCCCACAAAGAGGUACAUCACUUCCACACGGGUACGUGUUGGGCGAUCACAGGCCGGCUUCCCUUUUCAUCCGACUGCAAAACUUAAAGAUCGUGUAGAAUUGGAGUCCAGGGCCAAGGAGGCUUUGGAUGUCUUCAGUGGGGAGCUGGAUGGAAGCUAUUACCCCCUGAGUGGAAUGAGUCGGGAAAAACAGACAGAACUGAUCGAGGAGCACUACCUCUAUUUACAGGAAAACAGAUUUCUUGGAGACGCCCAUGUUUACGACGACUGGCCGGUCGGACGGGGGAUAUUCUAUAACCCAGAUAAGACCUUCUUAGUGUGGGUGAACGAGGAGGAUCACCUAAGGUUCAUCUCCAUGCAGAAGGGAAGUGACCUUGGUGCUGUGUAUAAACGCUUGGUAACGGCCCUGAAUACCAUCGAAGAGAAAAGCAGCCUGAAGUUCGGCCAUCACUCCAAACUUGGUUACCUCACCUUCUGUCCCUCAAACCUUGGUACCACUCUUAGGGCCAGUGUACACAUCAGAAUCCCAUGCCUGGCGAGUCAGCCAUAUUUCCAUGACUUCUUAGAAAAACACCACCUGCAAGUCAGAGGUGUAAAUGGUGUCCACACAGAGAUGAUCGGGGAUAUCUACGACAUCUCCAACAAGAGAAGGCUAGGUCUAACAGAGAUCCAGGCUGUACGAGAAAUGAUCGCAGGCGUUGGGGCUGUCUUGGCCGAAGAGCAGAGAUUGGACGGUAGCAUAACGCAUGCAGAGAAGCAGACAUUGGAAGGCAGAGUUGCAGCGGAAACAUAAAUUAGAGACCGUCGAACUAGUUGUGUUAUGAGGUUUCUGAGAUUUGUUGUACGUUAAAAAAGUUUUUUUUAUCGGACAUUUACAUUAAGAUAGUACGUCAUUCCAUAAUAUUCCGAACAAGUUGGUAUUUUAUGACCAGUUAGCAGAGUUGAAGUUAAUUUAGGGCUGGUAAUAUACAGGUAUAAUGCAAUAUAUUUGUUAUAUGCUGUUGACUAGAUAUUAUUACGGCCAGGUUAAUAUCCAGGUAUGAUACGUGAUAUUUUAUUUUAUGAUGUCAAACUCGGUGACAUUACCCCAGGUAAAUAUGAUAUUUCAUUUUAUUAUGUUAAACUCGGUGACACUACGGUCACGUAAAUAUCUGACAUUUUAUUUUAUGAUGCGAAACUGGGUGACACUAUGGCCAGAUAAAUAUCCAGGUAUAAUGCAUGACAUUUUAUUGUAUGAUGUCAAAUUCGGUGACACUAUGGUCAGGUAAAUAUCCAGAUAUGAUACGUGACAUUUUAUUGUAUGUUAUUAAACUCGGUGAUAUUACGGCUAGGUAAAUAUUCAGGUAUGAUACGUGACAUAUUAUUAUUGCAUGGUGUUACAGUCAGGUAAAUAAUCAGUUAUAGUAGUAGCUCAUGUAUAUAAUUAUUGUUAAGACAUCAUAUCAAAUGUUAUUAUUUCUUUUUGAACCCGUUGUAUAAUAAAUGACUUUUUCUAUUA